AUGUUCUGGAAAUUUCUUGCAAUAACUCUUCUACCCUUGGCUUUGGCUUCGGCCGGCGAUGUAGUGCAAACGAGGGCCUGUUCCAACAAUCGUCCGGUGCCCCGUGAAGUGCGAGUGGACAACUGUCCAACGUUACCCUGUGAACUGCCGCGCGGUACCGAUGCCAACAUGGAGAUGGAUUUUCAAGCUCCGUUUGACGCCGCAACGCUGACCACCAGAAUUAUGGCAACCGCCCUGGGGGUUACUGCUCCGUUUGAACUUCCGGCGGAUCGUGCACGGGCUUGCGACUGGCUGAUCGGUAGCCGGUGUCCAGUCAGUCAAGGCGAGGACGUGACUUACAACUUGCAGAUGCCGGUGCUCAGAAUCUAUCCCCGCAUCGGUCUGAUAAUCGAAGUCAGCUUAGUCGAUGAGGCAGAACGGACACAUGCCUGCUUCGAGCUGGACGCCCGCGUCGUUUAA